CCACAGCAGGCGAUGAGGACGAGCCAAUUCUCAGCUGUCUGGGUCUCAAAGCGUGUGUCCCUGGCUGGGUCAUGCAUGUCAGGACCAGAUCACACAGUGGAAGGGGCAGCUGAUGCCAAACAUAGUUUCAUCAUGAGCUACGAGGCUCAGAUACUGAACUACGAAGGGUCGGACCCGCUGGAGCCGUGGGACAGGUACGCACAGUGGGUAGAAGGAUGUCUUCCCCUUCAGGAAAAACAAACUCGCCUGCCCAGUCUCCUGCAAGAACUUGUGAAGGUCUUUAUAAACGACAAGAGGUACCACCAGGAUACAAGAUUUGUUAACUACUGCAUUAAGUUGGCAAAGUUCAUCAGUCCUCCUUGCCAGUAUUUUGAAUUCCUGUAUGGACAGGGAAUUGGUGCAAAGGCAUCUAAUUUCUAUGUUGCGUGGGCUCAGCAGCUUGUAAAUGAAAACAAUGUGCAGUGUGCAGGAGCUGUCCUUCAGAAAGGACUUCACAAUCAGGCGCAACCACAAGAGAACUUGCAACAGCUGUAUUGCCUCCUGCAGAGUUACGAUCCUGGGAAUCCUCCUUUGCAAGAUGCUGCUGUUGUAAAACCACUUCAAACCUCACAUGCUGCAAAUCAAAUGGCUCCUCGAAAAGGUGUUUUGAGUCUUACCGACCAAGCGUAUGCUUGCAAAACUCAGGGUCCUGAUUCUGCUGUUGCUCAGUCCUGUUCCUCUGGUGGAAGAGAAGAAGUAAAGUAUGUUACAUACAUCUCCAAAUCUGAAGUUCUUCCUAAGUCGUCCUCUGCUGUUGUGGAAUGUGAGCAGAUUGCAAUGUACAACAAAAAUCUGCUUGUAUGUGAAGGAUCUGAACUUUCUUUUGAGGAGCUGCGAGCCAAGAGAUACUUCAAGAAAUACGAGUGCCUCAGAAGACAGCAAGAAUGGGAAGAAGGGGAGAAAAACUCCAUAAGGAAGAAAGAAUCAUCUGUCCUUGAACUGCAAGCCCUGGAGCAGAAGCUGAAACAGCUUACCCAUAUCACCAAAAGCUUGGAGACAGCUAGACUGGUACCAGCAUCUACAACAUCAGCUGAAUCAAAUGAGGUGGUGUCAGGAAAGCUCGUGGAACACCAGAUGGCAUCAACUUCUCUGUGUGAAACAACACAUAAGAAGAAUGCAGCCAAAACUCAGCUAGAGCUUGGAGAACUCCAGAAGAGUUUGUUGCACCCUCCAUUCAGUAAUGGUUUAGCUCAGGAACAGGCACAUCCUGACUCAGCUCUGAAUUUGAGCUCUGGAGAACAGCACUCUAACAAGACAGCUGCUGGACUGACUGCUUCUGUGGGUGUGAAAGAAGUAUCUAGGGGUGGAAAUUCUUCCUUUUCUCACACUACCCCAAACACCUCACUGGGAGGAGCAACACAGGCAACACCAUUCAAAGUGCAGCCUUCACCUACAGUUCAUACGAAGGAAGCGUUGGGAUUUCUCAUGGAUGUAUUUCAGACACCCAUCUUGCCUGAGUCGUCUCUUAACGAAAGCGAGGAUCAAUUUGAAGUCUUUUGCAAAAACAGUGAGCCUGAUGGAACUCUGAAACUUAAUAUUAUUGCCCCUGUCACACCUGCAUUUUCUAUCUUUGAAGAUGAGAAUGAAAAAGAGAACAGUAGGAUCCCCCAGCAUAAAAAGAAAGCAGAAGAGCUCAGAACUUCUGGAGAACGUCCCUUGACUGACUGUAUAGCGGAAGAAGCAGGGACACUGGAGUUCUUGCAGGAUGAUUGUACAGUGUGGAAUGUACCAAGUAAUAAUAAAACGUUAGCUCCCAGUCCGAACAACACGAGAGACUUUGCGCGAGCUGCCCAGCUUGUAUCGACACCAUUUAAUUACCUCUCGGCACAUUCACGGCAGGCUUUGGAGGACAAAGCCUGUGGAGAUGACUUGCCACGAAUGGAUUUGGAGUUUUCUGAAGAACUGCACAAGCAGACAAAAGCUAAGAAGCUCAGCCCUGUUCUUGAACAUGUUGCAGAGCAAGGAGAGCUGCAAGGGAAUUUCUUGAAGCAAGGAAAUGGAAUUCAAGGAAUUGUUACAGCUCCUUCUCAAAGAUUACCCGAGCAGACUGUCGUGAGCAGAACUGAGUCUUCCUCCUCUCUAGGGAUGAGCAAAGCUUCCCAUGAGAAGCUGUCUGUAGCCGAGCAUGACAGGACAGCCCGAAGCAUUAGACCUGCAGUACUUGUUGAGAACCCUUGGGAUAAGGAAUUGAUUUGCAAACUCCUGUCAGAGCUUCCCAAACCACUCCACACCUACGCCAGCUACUUUGAAUGGAAAUCCUCUCUUCCACCCAUCAUACUGAAGGCUGAACUCCCACUGGGUUCCAACUCAUUCCAUGUGGACUGCUUGGUAGGAGAGGGAGCCUUUGCCCAAGUCUAUCAAGUUUCCAUACUGGAUGCAAGUAACCCUAGAAACAAUCAGAAAGCAAUAUGCAAGGUGCAGAAACCUGCCAACCCUUGGGAAUUCUACAUAGCAACACAGCUGGUGGAAAGGCUUGAUCCAAGUGUACACCAUCUCUACAUCCACUUUUAUUCUGCUCACUUCUUCAGUAAUGGCAGCAUUUUGGUUGGUGAGCUCUACAACUAUGGAACAUUGCUGAAUGCCAUCAACAUUUACAAAAAGCUUCCUGAGAAAGUGAUGCCUCAAGCACUUGUUAUCUACUUUGCUGUAAAAAUUCUUUAUAUGGUAGAAGAGCUCCACAGCUGCAAAAUCAUUCAUGGUGACAUUAAGCCUGACAAUUUCAUCCUUGGAGAAAGGUUUCUGGACAAUGAUAUAUGUGACAUAGAUGGUCUCUCCCAUGGCCUGACCCUCAUUGACUUGGGCCAGAGUAUAGACAUGAAACUCUUCCCUGAAGGAACAGCAUUUACUGCAAAGUGUGAAACAUCUGGAUUUCAGUGCAUUGAAAUGCUGACACAGAGACCGUGGAACUACCAGACAGACUACUUUGGCAUUGCAGCAACAGUCUACUGCAUGCUUUUUGGUUCCUACAUGCAAGUGAAGAAUGAAAAUGGUGUCUGGAAGCCUGGAGGAACCUUCAGAAGGCUUGCCAAUGCUGAGCUGUGGAAAGAGUUCUUUGAGAGCAUGCUGAACAUCCCCAGCUGCCACAGCCUGCCUUCUCUAGGAGCUCUGCGCAGAAGGCUGAAGGACCUCUUCUGCAAGUCGUAUGCGAAGGAGAUCAAGUUCCUUCGGAACAGGCUUGUUGUGCUGCUGCUGGAACACAAACGCUCAUGGAAGUGAGCCUCUAGCUUGUACAGUUACUCAGGACUGGUGUUUCAUUGCUCUGGAAUCUUUCUAUAAUAAACUGGCUUCGAAAUAAACA